AUGUACAAUGGUGAAUCUCACACGUUUCUUGCAACAGAUAAACAAGAGCAGGUUAACGGUGAAUCAUCAACAGGUACAACCUAUACGAGUGAAACAUUAAACCAACAAAAUCCAUCAGGAUUACCGGCAUUCAAAUUAGAUCUUAAAGUUGGUUAUCCAAUUAUGUUGUUGCGUAAUCUAGCUCCUAUAAGUGGACUAUGCAAUGGUACUAGGUUGAGGGUAGAGAUCUGCGAGCAACAUGUUAUUAUGGCAACAAUUUUAACAGGAGAUAAAGCUGGGGAAGUGGUUUUUAUUCCACGCAUAUCACUAACACCAUCAUCAUCGCAUGUUCUCAUUCGAAUGACUAGGAGACAAUUCUCAAUCAGGUUGGCUUAUGCGAUGACCAUAAAUAAAUCUCAGGGUCAGUCGCUGAAAUACGUGGGGGUAGACUUGAGGAGCCCCGUAUUCAGCCAUGGAGAACUCUGUGUUGCACUGUCCAGAUGCAUAAGUGCCGGUAGGAUCCAUGUGUUACUCCCAAAGCACAAUACUAGACACGAAACAACAAAUGUUGUGUAUCCAGAAGUGCUAUCAUAA